GAUUCCUUCAGUUAAGCAGAACCUCAAUCAUUUAUAUCAUUUAAUUCCUACAAAAUGCUGCGAAGAAAGCCCUCCAAUGCCUCAGAGAAGGAGCAAAAUCGGAAACCAAAGCUCUCCCUACAAAGGUCAAGCAGUUUCAAGCACUUUGAUCGCUCAAAGCCUCCGUCUUCGCCUUUGGUUAAUGAACAGCUCAGCAUAAAUGAAAAUACAGAGGCGGCUGACACCAUUGCAGCAAGCCCAGAAGAGGCCACCAAAGCUGGAAGCAAACUAGGAAAGAAAUGGCGAGCGGUUAUUUCACGUACUAUGAACAGGAAGACUGGCAGAAUGAUGGUGAAAGCUUUAGCAGAAGAAAAGACUGACAAUGCAGAAGAAGGUCCCAUGUCUCCAAUGACUCCUGAUGAUCUCAUGCAUCUAAGACUAGGGGACAGGGCCUCAUACUCAGCCAGUGAAUCAGAAGAGUAUGUCAACAGUCCUCUCAGCAGACAGGCAUCAAACAGUGGAGACCCAUUUACCCCGGAUUCUGAAGCCAGCAGUAGAGACAGUGUCCAAUUAGAUAACGUUCCACCUCCAUACUUAGGACCGUUCUGUGGCCGUGCCAGGGUCCACACAGAUUUCACCCCAAGUCCAUAUGAUUUUGAAUCUUUGAAACUCAAGAAAGGAGAUAUUAUAGACAUAAUUGAGAAACCUCCAGUAGGGACGUGGACUGGAAUGUUGAAAAACAAAGUAGGAUCCUUUAAAUUUAUUUACGUGGAUAUCCUACCAAAUGAAGAGGAACAACCUCGGAAAUCAAGGUUGUUCAACAAGAGCAAAAGGCCAAAGCCUAAGAACCUGCAAGAGCUAUUGGACAGAAUUAAUCUACAGCAAGAGCUUACGUCCACUUUGCUGUUAAAUGGCUACCAGACUCUGGAUGACUUUAAAGAACUGAAAGAAACACACCUGAAUGAACUGAACAUCCUGGACCCUGAGCAGAGAGCCAAGUUGCUCACAGCUGCUGACCUACUCAUGGACUAUGACACAGGAAUCGAGACAGAAGAGCAGGAAGAGAAUACCGAUGAACAAUGCUCAAGCUCAGCUCCACUGUGUGAUAUUCCACGGGACUCGGGAUGUUAUGAAAGUUCAGAGAACUUGGAGAGUACACCAGAAGAUUCAGAGUUAAGUGUCACCGCGCAGCAGCUGCCUCCUGUUGAAAACUGAGCCACAUCAUUCAACCGUUUGUACAAUGGACUCCUAACAUGUAGGCCUUAAAGAAUGCAAAGCACAGUAGUUUGAAAACAGCAAUAAUUCUUUUAUAUCAAGCCACAACAUGCCACAUCAUAACUGAUGAAUACUGUGAAUUGGAAGGCAUCUUUUUUUGUUUGGUGUUUAUUCUAUACUGUCCUGCACAAUAUUCAGGUUUAGAAAGUUAGGGAAAGGAGUAUUGUGUGGGAAUUUGUGAAAUACAAAUCUUAUGCAUGUUCCAGGAUUUAAUUAGGGUCCUGUUCUCUGGGGAUUAAACGACUGACAGAAGUGGCCAUUUCAUUGCCAGGUAGCACUUUGUCUGCACAUAAUUAAUAUUAUAAUCAUUGAUAUUUCUUUAGAGUGAGCUCAAUCCAUAGAAUACGUAGCUGUAAGGAUAAUUUCAAAAUUCUUCUAAUAUGUUCAUAGAUCAGAAAUUUAUGGGUAAAAUGCCAACAAUGCUUUGAUAUACACAGCUAGUGGAUGAAAAAUUAUGAUGGCUAUCUUCAGGUUUUCUACAAACUCUUCCCUUAAUGAUAAUAUAAAUCUGGUGUUGUGCAUGAAAAAAUGCUCUCUUGGUGGUAGGUGCAAUUGUAUGAAGAAGAUUGGCAAGGAUAGGUACAGUUCAGGAAUGACUUUAUUCCACUUUGAAGUUCAAUUGUGUUUUCUGUGAAGAUUUGGUACUUAUGCAGACCUGACUCUGGAAUUUAAUUUUUUUUAUACGUCUAGCUUAUUUUUAUAUUUUUCUACUUAAUUUUAGAACUGGUGUAUACUUUAAUUUCAAUAAAGCAUUUACUUGCUUAAGAUCGGGAAAAAUGUUUAAAAGUUGAUAAAUUUGCAGUAUGUUAUUGGUCCAUUUAAAAUAUUAGCAAAUAGUUGGAAUGGAAGAAAUGGAAGAAAUGGAAGAAAAGGAUGAUAUAGCCUCUCAAACCUGCUCUGCCAUUUUCUGAGAAAAUGGUUAAACCUAUUCAUUUCCCAUGCUCCUGCCUUUGAGUAUCCAAUGCAAAACAUCAUUCUUGUAUGCAUUGACAGAGAACCUAAUUGCUAUAGGAUGGAUAACUUCUCCUCAUCUUAGUCCUAAAAGACCAAUCACUUUUCUCCUAAUUUGUAAACCCAUCAGGCUGAGAAAAUCUAACACAUCUGCCCUGUAAAUCUCUUCAAUAUCUUGAUAAUUUCAAUGACAUCAUCCAUUUCUUCUAAUUUGGUGUAAAUUAGACUUACAUGUGAAAACUCGUGCAAUUUUUGUCCAAUAAACAGCAUAAAAUCUGGCCAAUCAGGCUUGUUGUUUUCUCUUUGGAUCAUUCUCUCUCCAAGAAUCAAUAUAGCGAACCAGCAUUAAACCAUUUCUAAGACAAAGUACAUUAUCUUCUUUAGAUGGAGACCUAAACUGCAUACAGUAUUCCAGAUCUGGUCUGAACAAGGAUUGGUUUGAACAAGGUAUUGCGAUCGUUUAGUUCAUGGAACCUUACAGGAAAGCAAGCAAAAAACAGCUCCAAACUGAAGUGCCAUUCACAUCAAGAAUAGUCGAAAUUGCUGUAUCAAUGAAAACAACACUGAGAAACACAAUUGGUUUGCAGUUAAAAAUAAAAGUGGGCAUGAACAAAAUUGCAGCGUCUGAACAGAAUCUGCCUGGCUAAAGAAAUUGUGUUACCAUCGUGACAGGAGCUCGCAUACACCAGACCAACGCAGGUUUAAAAGGUGAAAUUUGCAGAAAAUUCAAAAUGAAAGACCAAAUACAAAAAGCAUGUUGGGCAAACAAAAGUAACUGGACUGCACAGGGAAGAGAGAAAAAAAAGCAUUUUAAUUGCAGCCUCAGACAGAGCACUAAUCUGCAUGCUGUUGAUGGAAAAUCUGAUAAUGAUAGAGUGACACAGGACUGGAUAGCCUAAGGAUUCCCCACAUGACAAAUGACAAUAGACAAGCAAUAUGGCUUACAACAGAACUGGAUGGCAAAUUAAUUAAAAUAGAACUGGACACUGAUUCAGCUGUUUCAGUCAUUCCACAAAUUGAGUUUGGAAAGCAUUCCGAAAGAUACUGACCUGAAGCCUGCAGAGGCCAACUGAGAACUUAUAGUGGAGAAAAGAUAACUCCCAUGGGGAUGCAUUCAUAGCUGUGAAAAGCAACAACUUUCAAGCCAUAUUGGACUUGUAUGUGCUUAAAACAGGAGGGCCGGCAUUGUGGGGCCAUGACUGGAUGAGACAACUGCAAUUUGAUUGAAGGUCCCUUCACAAUUUGCUUGCCGCAUCCUCUGCAAUAGAGCCAACUGAAGUGAAUUAUGAAAGGUACUGGAUGAUGCCACCACAGUGUAAAGCCUGUCUGGUUCCUUAUACUAUCCAUGAUAAAGCAGCCAGAGAGCUUGACCACAUGGAGACCGAAGGAAUUCUUUUCAAGGUUGAGUGGAGGCCAAGGGCAACACCAGUGGUCCCAAUAGCCAAGAAGGAUGAGUCUGUCAGGAUCUGUGGUUAUUUUAAGGUCACCAUCAACCCAACAGUGAAAGUAGGUCAAUAACCUCUGCCCAGUAUAGAAGAUAUUUUUGCAAACCUUUCUGGAGGAUAACACUUCAGCAAAGUGGACUUACCUGACGUCUACCAACAGAUGGAAAUGGAAGAAGAUUCAAUGUGUUUCUCACCAUAACCACUUACAAAGGGUUUAUCAGUAUAACAGGCAUGUUUUGGGGGUAGCAUCUGCACCUGCACUCUGGCAGAAAGCUAUGGACUAGGUGCUGCAAGACUGCCCAAGUACUCAGUGUUGCCUGAAUGACAUCACUGUUACCAGUAACAAUGACAAGGAACAUCUCCAAAACCUCAAGACAUUGUUAAAAAGAUUAGAUGGUUAUGGGCUUAGAGCAUGAUGCAACAAGUGGGAAUUUUUUAAGCCAAAGAAGGUACAGGAAUCUCAAGAAUCACACCACCAAGGUUAGGAACAGUUAUUACCGUUUAACCAUCAGUCUCCUGAGCCAAAGGGGAUAACUACACUUGUCCAUCACCAAACUGUUCCCACAACCUGUGGACUCACUUUCAAGGUCUCUUCCUCUCAUGUUCUCAAUAUUUAUUGCUGAUUUGUUAUUGUAUUUGCAGUUUGUCUUUUGCACGUUUGUUGUACUAAUGCAGCUCUUCAGUGAUUCCAUUAUCGUUAUUGAAUUUAUUGAGUAUGCCCACAAGAAACCGAAUUUCAUGGUUGUAUAUGGUGAC